GACCCUGCGCAAGCACAGUACAGCGGGAAGCCUCUGAAAAUGUAUCCAACAUGACGUCGGAGCAGAAGACGAAGUUAUCCACAAACCUGCUGCGCAUGAAGUUCAUGCAGAGGGGCCUGGACUCGGAAAACCAGAAACAGCUAGAAGAGGAGGAAUGGAAGACGAUCAGGGAUGAGCACUGGUACCUGGAUUUGCCGGAGUUGAAGGAGAAGGAGAGCUUCAUCAUAGAAGAGCAGAGCUUCUCCCUGUGUGAAGACCUUUUCUAUGGAAGGAUGCCUUUCAGAGGCUUUAAUCCUGAAGUUGAGAAGUUCAUGCUUCAGAUGAAUUCCAGGAACAGAGUGGCGGCGGCAGAAGAGGAGGAGACUGUAGAGGCUGACGUGUCGGAGGAAGAAAUGGCAAGAAGAUAUGAGAAUUUGGAGGGAACAAUUGGGAAAAUGUUUGCCAAGAAUAGGGACUGA